AUGGAGUCGUGGAAAGACCUGAGGGGCAAAGUAGUGAUGGUGAAAGGGGCGUCAUCUGGAAUUGGGAGAGAGUUAUGUCUCAACUUGGCCAAAGCCGAUUGCAGCAUCAUCACUGCUGCUCGUCGUAUUGACAGAGGGUUCCAGCAAGCAUUCGCCCUCGAGCUUGAUGUCAUGUCCAAUGCUGCUACCAUUGAGGUGGCUGUACAAAGAGCUUGGAAUGCCUUUGGACGUAUCGAUGCCUUGAUUAACAACGCCGGCAUAAGAGAAAUGGCAAUUGAUAGUGCUACGAUUUCUGUAGUUGUUGUUGCACCAACCCGCACUAUUGUGCCACCGGUAGAGAAAUCGGAAAAAUUCUCUGGUGUGAAUUUCAAAUGA